GUACUCCAGCGGUGUCCAUGUCAGCCCCGUCAGCGGACUACGGAAGUACACUGAAGACGGAGACAACACCGGAGAAGGCUAUCUCUGACGGUUCAUGAUCACGGUCCUUUGUUGUUGAAGUGCACGGAGUUGAACGUCAAGAUGUCGAUGUCGACAUUUCAGAAAGUGACCCUUGCAUCAUGUGUUGUGCUUUGCGUCGCUUUGCUGCUCCCUAAAAUGCUUUUGUCAAGGGGGAAGAAGGAUGCUGAGCGACCCGAAGGCCAUUUCCCCCCAAUGACGCCCCGCAAAGGGUCUGCUGACGGGAAGACCCAGAGACCCACCGGGGCGGCUCAGUUCUCCAGGGCCCACAACACAGAGGCCAUCGCCAGGGCAAAGGGGGCGAGCACCGGGCCCGGGACAGGGGGCAAGUCCAACCUAGCGGGCCAGAUCAUACCCAUCUAUGGCUUCGGGAUCCUGCUCUACAUCCUCUACAUCCUCUUCAAGAUCACAUCAAAGGGAAGCAGCACCCCCACAGAGAGCCGAUUCCCUCCAAUCAAAUCUGAGAACACCAAGAGGAAGAUCACUGACUUUGAGCUGGCCCAGCUGCAGGAGCGGCUGAGAGAGACGGAGCAGGUGAUGGAGAACAUCGUGUCGGAGGUCAACCUUGGUCCACACAGGGUGAAGAGGGUGAGCGCUGACCAGGAGGAGAGCCUCCUGCUUCAACUGAGAGAGAUCACCAGAGCCAUGCAGGAGGGCCAUCUGGUGGCUCCACAGAAGACAGACCAGCAGCACCACUGUGAAGAUGAUCCAAAGGACUACGGGCAGAGCUGUCCGUACCACCAGGACCAUGCCGGCCACAGCAGCCCACCUUCAGAGCACGAGGCUGAGAGGAGGCAGCCUGGAGAUGACCCCGAGGAGAGCGACAUCUCCAUGGAUGCAGAGGUCAAGGCAGAGGCUGACCACACUGACACACUUAACACAGAGGAUGGGAGACAAGAGCUUCUCCCUGCAGCCGCAGAAGCAACAGCGGAUGUGUUCAAACCGCAGGGCCGAGAAGGUGGGAAGGAUCCGGACGCUCCUCAGGACCCGGACGCUCCUCAGGAUCCGGACGCUCCUCAGGAUCCGGACGCUCCUCAGGAUCCGGAGGUUCCUCAGGAUCCGGAGGUUCCUCAGGAUCCAGACAUUCCUUAUGAUCCAGAGGUUCUUCAGGAUCCGGAGGUUCCUGGACUCGAGUGCCCAGCAGACACGCCCACAACAGGCUCCGUCCAUGUCAGACGGAGGACCAGAAGAAGGAAAGGCAAGAAGGACUCGCACUGACAAUACCUGUGAUCUAGCGUCUACGACCUCAAUAUUGAAACCUUCUUAAGACUGUGGCAAAGGUGUCAUCUGCAACUAGUGCUUCCAGCUUACAGACAGGGGAAUCUUUUAGUGUUGACUCCAUGUUGUCCAGGGCAUCUCUUGUAAGGAUCAGGGCUGCCUAAUUGACUGUUUGUUCCAGCGUCUCUCUCUCUGUAUCCCAUUUCCUGAGUCAGUGUCCACCUUCUCAAAACUGUACAUUCCAAAAUGCUGUAACUCAUAAGGUUACCAUAAUGCACUACUCCUUUUGUAAAUAUUCUUCUACCGUCAAUAUGGAAGUCUACACUGGAAUUGUGUUACUAACCUUUAAAUUAUGUAUUUAUAUUAUUAAUCUGAUCUCUAUUGAUAUAAAAGUUGAUGCCAUCACAAUGGUCGAUCAUCUACAAAAUAGAAAUAAAGUUGGCCUAUCAGUGCACACUACCGUAUAAAGAUAAAUAUUGCCAAGUUAUGUAAAUUAGGAGAUUUGUAUAUAUACAGCUCUAUUUUCAUGAUGCUUCAGUCAUGCUGAAAAUAAUAUGGAGAUGCUUACCAUUCAAAAUACAACCAGUGGAAGAGGCUGGGACACAGACCAUGAGUAUUCUGGCAGCAAAGACCCACACAACGACCUGUAAAAUACAUUUCACAGGAAACCCAUCACACUUGAUAAGCAAUACAUUUUGCUCCCAUGCCUACCCUCCAGGGUAUAUAAGCAGCACCGCUUUACGUCCCUUUUAGAGCAAACAAACAAACAUCUGCAAGAAUGGCAUGCCCCUUUAUAGACCAAGAAGGCAGGCAGCUGAGACCGAUUCUGUUGAGAUAAAUACUAAGGUUAGUCAAUUUAGAAAAAAAAAUCUGGCUGCAUUUACUAGGCCUCUCUCUUCAAAGAAAUGGUAUGAAAAGUCUGACACUAUCUCUCUGAUUACAAGACCAUGGUCAAUAUUCAAUAAAAAUGUUACGCUUAAUAGGCCUA